UCUAGUCAGACCAGAUUAUAGAGCACAGACAUGUUUUAUGAGGCAGACUUCCAGUUUUGCCAAGGAUCUGGGAAUGAAGCAGGAGUGAGACAAGUGAGCAGGGGCAAAGCUGCUGAAUUUACUCAUCCAGGUGAUUGUUGCUCAGACAAGGAAGUAGGAAAAGUCAGCAGUGACGUACUAGUGGGUGUGAAUCCCAACAAGGAGGAAGAAUACAGCCUGGAGAAGAGCUGAAAUUGACAUUAAUGAAGCCGACCCAGUGAAUGUGCUUUUGCUGCUCUGGAUCUGAAAAAAAAGGUUUGUUGAUUGCUCUGAUGGAAAAGUAAAGCAGAGUUCUCAGAAUAAAUGAUGGAAGAGGAUAUGAAGCACAGAAUUCUGGUCCUUCAAGGUGAUAAGAGCACAUGGGUAACUCCAUCAUGUCUCAAUGAACUCUUGGAUCUCAAAUCUGUCUACCCAAUGGCUCCACUGGUGGUGGGAAACACACUUAUUGGCCCUCAGGUCAAGCUGACAGGUUCAUACUAUCCUGUAAUCAUCUCCCUUUCUAGAGUCCCUGAGCUGAGUGUCAUGAGUUAUACAGAAAAAGGGAUUACUAUUGGGGCAGCUUGCAGCCUGGUAAUGGUACGAUCCAUUCUGUCUGAGGUUGUCUCUCAGCUACCAGAGGAGAAGGGCAAAAUGUUCCGGGUUCUGUUACAGCAGCUGUCCGGGCAGAAUAUAAGAAAUGAAGCAUCACUAGGAGGGAGCAUUUUAAGUGGAAGUGCAACGUGGGAGCUGAACCCUAUUCUUGCUGUUGGACACUGUACCUUUAAUUUGGCAUCAAAAGACAGAAGACGAAAGGUCACCCUUAGACAGUUACUGUUUGGAGAGCCUGGGAUAGCAUCACUGAGGCCAGAGGAGCUCCUAAUUUCCAUUAACAUUCCAUUCACCAAGAAGUGGGAAUUUGUGUCGGCUUUCAAGCAAAUCCAGCGAUGGGAAAGUGCAGUUCCAGCCGUGGUUGCUGCUAUGAGUGUUCGUUUGAAAGAUGGCACUGACCUUAUUUUGGCCAUGAACAUUUAUUAUGGAGGCUCUGAGUCCGCAUGCUUGUUUGCAAAGUGGGUCAGUGAGCAGCUGAUUGGAAGGCGCUGGAAUGAAGCCAUGUUGGAUGAAGCUUGCAGGCUAUUUUUGGGAGAAAUACCUCUUCAAGACUCAACCUUUGGAGAGAUGGCCGAUCAUGAAAGAACCUUGGCAAUCAGCUUUAUCUUUAAGUUCUACCUUCAAAUCUUGCAAGAGUUGAAUAAAAACAGCAACUCUCUACAUAAGCCUAUUUAUGAUACUCUUAAAAGAAAUGUUAUGCUGAAUGGGAAGAAUCCAAUAAAUGAUUUGCAACAGAGGAUCUCCAAUGGAUUUCACCUUAAUGAUGAAGAUGAUGAUCUCAAUUACUCAAACGGGGGCAUCAAUGGUGAAACUAUUACACACCAACCACAUAUGCUACAUACCAUUGCAGAGGAGGAGAUUGAUAAUGAAGACUCACAAGUGGUGGAGGGAGAGCUUUUUCUUUCACUAGUAACUAGCACCAGACAUCACGCCAAAAUUAUAGCCAUACGUUCAGAAGAUGCAUUAAAAGUACCUGGGGUUGUUGAUGUGAUAACAGCUGUGGAUGUUCCACGGGCAAAUGACAAAGAUGUAUUUGCAGAGCAUGAGGUGCACUAUAUGGGGCAAGUGGUAUGUGCUGUUGUAGCGGACACCAAAAAACAUGCCAGCCUGGGAGCAUCACGAGUAAAAAUAGAAUAUCAAGACUUGGAGCCUGUGAUCCUUUCAAUUCAGGAUGCUAUAAAGAACAAUUCAUACUUUGAGCUAACAAGAAAAAUAGAGCAAGGAAACAUAGAGGAGGCCUUUCAAAAUGCGGAUCAUAUCCUCGAAGGUGAGGACUAUAUUGGAGGACAGGAUGAUUCUUCUUACCCAUUACAUACUCUAUCUGUGAUCCCAAGACUGGAGGAAAAUGAGAUUGAGGUUCUUAUAGCAACAAAUGACCCAGCUCCAAUACAAGCUGCUGUGGCAUCGGCAUUAAAUAUUCCAUCUGACUUUGUUAUUUGCCAUGGGGAACCACAAAGAGAUGUAGGGGCACAAAAUUAUCAAACUGCAUCUCUGGCCGCCAUCACUGCAGUAGCUGCACACAAAACUGGGCAAAUAGUACACUCAGUCCUGGAAUGGAGAGAGGAAGGAUCCAUAUCCAGAUACCAGCCACCUUUUCUUGGGAAAUACAAGGUGGCAUACAAAAGUGAUGGCACAAUCAUAGCACUGGACGUCACGUAUUACUGCAAUGCUGGGCAUAGAUUGGAUGAAUCUUCAGAAGUGCUUGCUGUGUCUCUGCUGAGUGCCCAGAAUGCAUAUUACAUCCCCAACACGAGAUGCUGUGUAGUUGCUUGCAAGACAAAUUCACAAGCAAAGUGUUUCUGCAGAGGGUGUGGAUUCCCUCGGGCCUGUAUGCUUGCUGAAAUAUGGGUAGAUGCAGUGGCAGACAGAUGUGCAUUACCACCAGAAAAGGUGCGGCAGAUAAAUUUGCACGGGGCAGUAAGUCACGUUGCCUUUAAACGAGAUUUUGACUCCUCCAAUUUGAUAAAGUGCUGGAAUGAGUGUAUGCAGAAGUCUUUAUAUCAUGAGCGACACACAGCAGCAAAAGAAAGCAACAAACAGUGUCCCUGGAGGAAGAAGGGGCUCUCCAUUAUUCCAGUUAUGUUCCCUGCAGGAUUUAUAGAAGAUGUCCUUAAUCAGGCUUCUGUGCUGGUUCAUGUUUCUGUAGAUGGAUGGGUCCUUGUGACUCCUGCUGGAAAUGAGACACAAGAAGAAACCCACACUAUACUGAUGCAGGUUGCAAGUCGGGAGCUAAGGAUACCGAUAUCUCAUAUCUAUAUUAGCGAGACCAAUACAACUGUUUCAUCAACCACCUCUGUCACAACAUCAUCUGUUACAUCAACAGUGUACGCAUUGGCAGUACGGGAGGCUUGCCAGAUUCUUCUUCAGCGCCUGCAUCCAAUUAUCAUCUUAAACCCAGACGCCACAUGGUUGGAGUGUGUUCAAGAAGCUUUUCAUCUCAGAAUUUGUCUUUCAGCAGCUGGACAUUACAGGAGCACUAAAGCAAUGGAUUGGUGUCUAAAGGAAGGGUUGGAAAGUCCAAACUUUAUAUUUGGAGCUGCAUGUUCUGAGGUGGAAUUAGACUGCCGCACUGGAAAUCACAAGUGUUUGAGAACUGAUAUUGUCAUGGAUGUUGGGUCCAGCAUCAAUCGUACAGAAAACACAGAGCAGAUUAAAAAUGCCUUUGUUCAGAGCCUUGACAUUUUCAUAAGUGAAGAUUUUAAAUACAGCUUGCAAGGCUCACUUAAUGGCGCACAGUGUGAGAAACCUGAGGUGGUGAAAGCACCAGAACAACUCAAUGUGACUUUGCCUAUGUCAUCACCACUAAACCUAAAUGUGUCCUGCUCACCAAAGGCUAUUGAAGAAACAUCGCUGUUCUUCGGUACCUCCGUGUUCUUUGCUCUGAAAGAUGCAGUCCUUUCUGCCCGUAAAGAUGCUGGCCUGCCUGGGACUGUCUCACUGCCCAUCCCUGUCAGACCUCAACAUUUAAAAAUAGCAUGUGGUAGUCACUUCAUAGAUGCAACACAAAUAUCCAAUCCUGAAGAACACAGUAUCUAAAAAGUUUGCUUGUUUUUUUAAUUGUAUAUACAAUUUCAUUAUGUUAAUGGACAUGAAAUCUACGAUGAACCAUAAUGCUCAUGUGAGAUGAAAGAAGGUUCUGCUUCCUUGAAAUAGUAGUGGCCUUGGGGAUUACUUCUCAGCAUGGGUGGUGGAGGCUAAUACAGGAAUAUUCUUUAAUCAUUAUACAUGGAAGAUUCAAGACUAGAAAAGCUCUCUGAAUAAAGUUUGACGUUGAAGUUGAAACAGAACAGAUAAUAUAAAUACUUAAUAUUUUAUUUAUGUCACAUUAUGUAUUCAUAAAGCCAAUGACAUGUCAAUAAACAUGUUUUUCACUACA